AUGGAAGGUGUGAAACGGGUUAAGAAAUUUUUCUAUCACAUUCCAAUCACGGUGCUCCAAGAAACCGUGAAGUAUGAUUGUUUCACGAUCGGGAGUGAUGAGGACUUACACCUCGGGGGUUCGAACCGAAAUACCACUACUUUAGCCACGGUAGCCGGUUCUAGCUCCAGACCUGCCGUUGCUUCUUCCUCCGUCCCUGCGUACGAGCCACCCGUCCAACCUGUCGCCUCCCCUUCGUUCGCUGUUGAUCUCAACGGCAAUGUAGGCGAUGAGGUCGGAAUAGGAAAAUUUUUGCCGACCUCUUUACAGUGUGUUGAACCGGCUGGGGUUAGAAAUGGAUUGUAUGAUGAUCCAGAGGACGAUGACGUCGAGCCGGAUAUGAUUGCUGAUGACAGUGGCGAUGAUAUUGGAGCGAGUGAGCCUGCUGGGGCAGGAGGUGGUUCUAGCUCUGGCAUACAGCAAUACCCUCCAUAUUUUUCCUCUUUGGACUUGGAUGCCAUGAGGCAGGAGGGGGUUCCUGGGCAGCCUGCUGGAUUUGGCGCUAGAGAUGCUGAAGGGUCUGUAGGUCUGACAGAGUUCCAGACUUACAGCAUCCGUCGAGGGGUACAGUACAAGGUAGUGGAGUCUGACUAUCGCCGGUAUGUGGGCAAGUGUUCUGAGUUCGGGAAUGGGUGCACAUGGUUGAUUCGGCUGAGUCUCCGACAGUGCAAGGGCCUUUGGGAGGUCAAACGGUACAAUGGACCGCAUACGUGUCUCGCCACCUCCAUCUCCAGCGACCACAGGAGUUUGGAUUAUCAUAUGAUAUCCGCAUUCAUUAGGCCAAUGGUUAGGGCUGAUGCAUCCGUCAGCAUCAAGGUGCUCCUAAAUGCCACGGCCGCACAUUUUGGGUUUAGGCCGACGUAUAGGAGGGUCUGGUUGGUGAAGCAGAAGGCUGUUGCCCUCAUCUAUGGUGACUAG